AUGCGUUGGCGAAUCUUCAUUUUUGCCUGUCUCCUAUUGAAGGGGCUGGCUCGAGCGGAGGAUGUGGAGGUGGUCGAAGCGAUACCAGGCGACGACAAUCGUAACGACAAUUCAGCGUUGAACCGACAGGAUAACGACAUCAGCACCUCCGACCAAUUGGCGUUAGAAUCGUUAGGCGAGAAAGACGCCGGGAGCAACCAUUACAAACCGGGUGGUCUCCGUGGACAUCCCCUACCCCUGCCGCCGAGUCGUGGCGGUCUGGGACUUCCACAUCCGAGACCGCAUCAUAAUGUUGCAUAUCAUGGGCCACCGCCGCCAUUGCCGCCCUCGAAGACACCAUCGGAGGCUAUUGACAAGAUCUACACAACGGGUGGUGGAAUCAGCUCGGCGGUUGGCGGGGAACCCUGGCCGGCACCCACCCCAGACAUGCCCAAAAUCAUCUCGUUGGACGUGAAGUGCGAGAAGAAUUUGAUGAAAGUCUAUCUGGGCUUCGACAAACCGUUCUACGGUAUAGUGUUCAGCAAAGGCCAUUACAGCAACGUGAACUGCGUGCACCUACCGGCGGGUUUAGGGCGUACGUCGGUUAAUUUCGAGAUUAGCAUUCAUGCAUGCGGCACAGCUGGCAACACGGAGAACGGUUUGUACGGGUACGGCGCCGAAUCCGGGUCGGGUACGUACUUCGAGAAUAUAAUCGUGGUGCAAUACGAUCCGCAAGUUCAAGAGGUUUGGGACCAAGCGCGCAAGCUGCGUUGCACUUGGCACGAUCUGUACGAGAAAUCAGUUACGUUCCGUCCGUUCCCGGUCGACAUGCUGGACGUGGUGCGCGCGGACUUCGCCGGCGAUAACGUCGGCUGUUGGAUGCAAAUACAGGUCGGCAAGGGUCCGUGGGCGUCCGAGGUCUCCGGGUUGGUCAAGAUCGGUCAGACGAUGACGAUGGUGCUAGCUAUAAAGGACGACGACUCUAAAUUCGAUAUGCUCGUGCGGAACUGUAUGGCACACGAUGGGAAACGGGCGCCGAUACAGCUGGUCGAUCAGAGAGGUUGCAUUACAAGGCCUAAGUUGAUGUCACGGUUCACUAAGAUCAAAAACUUCGGCGCAUCGGCGUCGGUACUCUCCUACGCUCAUUUCCAGGCAUUCAAAUUCCCCGACUCGAUGGAGGUGCAUUUCCAAUGCACCAUACAGAUCUGCCGAUAUCAGUGUCCUGAACAGUGCUCCGAGUCACCUUUGUUGUUGGAGUCCCAGGGACUGUUGGAGAAUCAUCAUCAUUCCCCGUCUAAUGGCCAUCCUGAUUCCGGCUACGGUAUUCCGCUUCCAUUGGAGGCGUAUCUACAGGCAGCAGCUGGACGUCCGCGGGACGAAAGGCGAAGGAAAUCACGAGAAAUAGUACCGACACCUCAGAAGGCGGUUGGAGUCAAUCGAAUAAUACGCGUGGUCUCGACCGGUGACUUGACGUUUUCCAUCGACGAGUCGAACAAUGGGGAGUCCAAUGGGCCCACGAUGGUGUUCCCGGUCCGUAACGAGAACACUGCGAGUUCAGCGAUGAUCUGUAUGACUACACCCGGUUUCGCUAUUACACUGAUAGUGCUCCUGGCCGUGUUACUGUCCUCGUGUAUACUGUCCACCUACCUCUGUCUACGGUUAAGACCAUUCUCUGGAAAAGCUCGGAAGGUCGCGACCUAUUACACCGGGGAACAAAACGCCCCAAAAAAAUCGUCGAGGACGUGCUUUUAUUCAUAG